CCGAAGUGGUGGUUUUUUUAGUUUGAGCUUGAGCGUGCUGAAUUCGAUACGCCGUUUCGGAAUUGAAUGUUGCAUCCUUGUUCGCGUAGGAAUUUUUGCGGGCACUGCAAGCUCGACUUGGCGCCAAGUUUGUGCUUUAGUUUUCUACUCGGGUUAGGUGAAGGUGUUUCGACUUCAGCUGUUGGGCCGUGCGCUUAGAAUGUGGAUAUGGGGUGGAGGGGUUUUGAAAUCUGCGUAGCUCCUGCAAAAUGCCCUGCUGGAUAAGAGCCUGUUGACGUUACAGAUGGAUCAGCGAUGGCGGACAUUCAAGUGCCGUUCUGCUCCAUUGUUGCUCUGGACCCUAAUUCGUUCUGGUAUGGACGCUCUCUCUAUCUCUUUUUCUGCUCCUCGCUUCGUAUUUUUUGGGACUUCGGAUUAUGAAUCGGCAUCUGAAAUUUACAGAGUAUGCGGGUUCUGUGAACAAGUGUUGCCAGCUGAAAGCAGCAGCUACAUUCAGAAUGCUCACCCUUGCGAGAGAUGCAGAUAUCGGCCACGAAGUCGGGAUGCACCAACUACCAAGCACUUGUACAAAAUACUGAUGUCGAUUUGUACCGACAAAUCCGCCAUGGUGGUAGUGGUAUUCGAUCGAGCAGCUAGGAACCUGUUCGGCUGCUCUGCUGAUGAAUUUCUCCGAUUCUUCUCGCAGAACCCAACUGCAAUGGAGAUGGCAAGCGAGGUGUUAGAAGGCGAGAUGCUGUCACUGGUGUUGCGACCUCCAAAAGGUGGGUAUGGGCAGCAGUUGCGUGCUGUUUCGAUUGUCCCACUGUCUAGCUCCUUCCAACCUGUCAUGGCAAUUUUGCCUCAACUCUAUGCCUCUGGCCAGUUUCCUCUGUCAUGACACCCUCUAUGACUCCCACACAUUACUCCUCCACAGCUUCUAAAUUGCAGAAGUGUCCAGAGUAGAAUCAUGUGAACGUGAUGCAGAAGUGAGGUAAACACAAUCUCUGCAUUGUCUACUAUUCUUAUGAGAACCACUGCUAGUUGCCCCAGCUCUAGUUGAAUACAUUGCCUACAGAAGGAUGUCUUAUUUUCUGCUUCAAGGUCCACCUAUGCAAGGCAUCAUCCUGUAGUUUUAAAUCUAAAAAAGGAUGUCCUUGUGGCAGAUUUUUUCUGAUUCAAUAUUCACUUAUGCAAUGGUAUGCCAUGCAAGCACAUAAAUCAAUAAGUUUUCUGAUUGUGGGGACAGGUUGGAUUGUGGGAUAAGCUUAGUAAAGUUUGAAAAAUGUAGGGUAUCAA